UAUCACAACAAUAAUUAAGAUUUCAUGAAUCCAAACAAUAAUGGUCAAUAAUGUAUUUAUUAAUAUUAAUUAAAUAGCUUAUCCAUACUUUUAGCAAAAUCAACCUAGUGCACAAGGUAAAACUAAGAAAUAAUCUUUUAUUAGUUGAUGGAUAGCUUUAAUAGAAUUAGGGUACUACAAGUAGUAAUUAACCACCCUCUGGUUAUCCCCCAGGUUAUAAUAUGCCAACAUGGCCAUCUAGUAAAUUUCUACAAUAAAUUAUAGAUUAUGGUGGCGCAAUGCCUCCUACUAAUAUGUAUAAUCCUUAAGCACAAAACACUGGAACACCUGGAAGCCAACAAUUUCCAUUCGCUAUGCCAACCAUACCAAACAUGCCAACUAUGCCAAUUAUGCCAAAUUUCCAAGGCCUAAAACCAACAACAUUAGCUACUACAUCCAAUAAAGAAAAAUAACUUUAAUAAAAAAAUAAUGAGUUAGAAUAAAAAUUAAUAGAAUAAGAAGAAGAAUUUAACACGAAAAUAGCCAAGGAAAAAAAAAUAGCACAAACAUAGUUUGAGAAUCUAAAAAGAAGAUAUCAAGACCUAGAAGAGGAACUAUAUGAUUCUAAUCUAAAAGUCAACUCUCAAAAAACUGAUAUUACUCAAAAACAAGCAUAAAUUGAUAAAAUUUCAAAAGAGAAAUCUAGUGUUGAGUAAAAAUUAAGUGAUUUGUAGGGAGAAUAUGAUACUCUCUAAAUUUAAUAUUAGUCGCUGAUACGAAAGACUUAAAAUAAUGUUGGUGGGUCUACUUAAACAUUUGAUUAAACACUGGCUUCAUAAUAUGAAAAUCAAAUCAAGAAGCUUAAGGAUGACCAUAAAAAAUAAAAAGAUGAUCUAAUAAAUUAAAAAAAUUCCAUAGAAGAUGAAUUAAGGUUGAUUCAAUCGGAUCUAGACAAAUAAGUUAAGCAAGUGGAUCAGGAGCAUAAAUAUUUUAUGGAAUCAAGAGAUGAAAUCGCUAAAUUAUAAAAAGUAAUCAAAUAAAAGGAUGAUAAAAUAAGAUAGUUAGAAAUCGAAAAGGAAAAUUCUUUAGAUUUGUUAAAAUAAGUUAAUGUUGACAAACAGCGAUUGCAGGAUAAUCUAAAGGAAAAAGACCUUGAGAUAUCUUCAAUAAAUCAAGAAAUUUUAUUGAUUAAAAAUGAAUUAGACUUUCUGAAGAAUUUGAUUAAAGAAUCCUCAAACGGAAAACAAAUUAAACUAGAGUAGAAUCAACAAUUUUAGUAAUUUGAAUAACAAAAAUAAUGGCUUAAUUAAUAAAAACAAACUGAACAAGAAAAAAUGAAAUAAGAAAACGAAUAAAAAGAAAAGGAAAGAAAAGAAAAAUUGGAGAAAGACAAAAAGAAAAAACAAGACGCACUAAUAUAAUUGGAGAUAAAAAAAGGAAAUUUAAUAUAAAUGGGAGCUUAAAAUAUGCAACAAGCUAAAAAAGUAUAUGGUUAGUUAGAUGUCUGCUUUAUCGUCGAUGUUACAGGGUAUUUAUGUUAUUUUAUUUUAGGUCAAUGGACUCAUAUAAGGACUAAACUAAAAGAUCUGUCUAAGGAUCUUUAAAAAUCAUAAAAUAAGCCACAAAUAGAGAAACUAAUUGGGCAUCGGUUUGUUACUAAGAUAAGGAUGAAUUAAGAAGUUUAGGAAAAUAUCAUGAAUUUCCAUUUUCAAAGGAUUAGUAAGCACUUGAAAAAUGGUUUGAUGGGAUUAAAUGCUCUGGAGGUGGCGAUGCAGCAGAAGAUAUAAGAGGAGCAAUUAAAUAGGUUUGCAAAUUAUAGUGGCCAAGCAAAUUUAAAAUUGCAAUUAUAAUAUGUGAUGCUCCAUGUCACGGAAAGAAAUAUAAUGGAGGUUGUGGAGAUAAUCAUCCUGAAGAAGAUAUUUAGGAUGCUAUAGAAGAAUUGAUAUAGAAUGGUAUCGUUUUAAUCGCCCUUAAUUUUACAAAACAUACUACAGUUAUGUAUGAGGAAAUAAAGAAAAUAUACGAAUCUAAGAAGAGAUUAGAUUUGUUUUUAUUCUAAGAUUUAUAAAAAAUGAACUAAAAUGAAAUGGCAGCCACAAUGACAAAAUAUAUAGGAGAGGCAUCAUAAAAUGCAACCUAAACAAAUAAAAACUAAACAAAAUCUAAAUAACCAGCAAUUUAAUAAGAAAUUCCAAGAGAAAAGGAAGGAGCUAUGGAAGCUUUAUGUAAAUAGGGGAAUUUUUAUAACUUUGAAACAUAGGAAAAUGUGAAAGUUGUUAAUACUAAAUUCUAAGUGUGGAGAGUAGAGUUAAAGGAUGAGGAAUUCGAAAAAAAUAUUGAAACAAUUGAAAAAAUUAGAUGUCCUUAAGAUUUUUAAAAGACAAAUGAAGGAAGUUGGGAUUGUAUAAGAACUGAAAAACCAUUUGCAUUUGGUAUGAUGAAAGAUGUAUUUUUAAUGAAAAAAACAAAUGUAAAAUCUGAUGAGUUAUACGUUAUCAAAACACCUAUUGGAAGCUUACCCUACAAAUCUAUAGAUGACGCAUUGAAGGAAUGCAAAUCUCAUUUGAUCUGUUAAAAACUUAUGAAACGAUUUGUUAGUGAGUUAUAAGAGAAGGCAGGCGAAAAAUAAAUCAAUAUAAAGAUACCACCUGUUAUAUAUAGUGAUUUCUUAAUUCUCGAAGAAUCGAAAAGUAUUUUAUUUAUGAUAUAUUAAGAUUCAUUUUGGAUUGCAGAAAGAUUCUUUAAGGGAGAAUUUGUUAAAUAUAAUAAUAAUUAUGGAUUUAUAAAUGAAGAUCACACUGCAGAAUUAAAUAAGUUUGCAUAAUCCUUUACUUAUUUUACAUAUUUUAUCAGCUAGUUUAAUUAUAUGGUUAGUGAUGUGUAAGGAGUUGGUAAUUAUUUCACUGAUCCAGCUAUCAAUACAAUUGAAGGUAAUCUAUAAUUUAACUAUUAUUAGGCAAUUUUGAUGAGACUGAUAUGGGACAGGAGGGUCAAAUGAUGUAUUUGGUUAACUAUGAAAAUAAAAAGGUACUAUUAACUUCCGAAUACCUGGGCGUAUUGGGAAUAUAUGAAUGAUAUAUAUUAUAGAUGUAAGAGAUAAUUAAUAUUAAA